AUGUUCUAUUACCCAAACGUGCUUCAGCGCCACAGUGGCUGCUUUGCCACUAUCUGGCUGGCAGCCACAGGUGGCACUCGGCUAGUGAAGCGCGAGUACCUGAAGGUGGAUGUGGUGGAGACAUGCGAGAAGAUCCUGCAGUAUGUUCUGGUGCAAGUGCAGCCAUCUCUGCCCGGGGUCCCCAGACCCCGCUUCUCCCUCUAUCUCUCUGCCCAGCUCCAGUUCGGCGUUAUCCGAGUCUACUUCCGACAAUGCCAGUACCUUGUGGAGGAUAUCCAGCACAUCCUGGACCGCCUACACCGAGCACAACAGCAGAUCCGUAUUGACAUGGUGGAAUCUGACGUGCCCGGUCUCCUGCUGCCGGACCCGCUGACCACAAUGGAGGCCUUGGCAGAUGCCCCUGACCCCUUCUUUGGAGUGAUGACCAUUGACCCUAACCUUCCUAGUCCCUUCAAUAUCCCACAGGUUCGACACCUCUUGGAAGCCCCAGCUGCAGAGAGGACUCCUAAAGAGACCCCCCCUCAGGACUACCUUCAACCUAGGAAGUCAGACAAAUCCCCCAUCACUGUCCUGCCCCCUGAAACCAUCACCCUUCAGGAGGCAGAGCCAAUCCAUGUGCUUCAUAUUGAGGGUGAGCAGGACCUCCCAGAAAUCUCCCAUCAAGACCUGGACCUGCUGAUGGCCGGGGAUGAAGAAGCUAUCUUGCUGGAGGAAAACUCCAAGAGCCACCCUCCUGGGGAGCACCUCCUGACCCAGAUCUGCCCAGUCUCAGAGGCUGUAGAGUCGAUGGAAAUUCCCAGGGUCCUCGAGCAGGAGAAGCCCCCCCAGCUGUCCCCGUCGGCCCAGGCGCACCUUGCCUCCAGGAUCCAGGAGGUCGCAGAGCCCCUGUCCGAGAAGGAGCUGGUCCCUGAAGAGCUCGUGUUACUGGUCCCAGAGGCUGGCCCUUCCCCGCCUGAAGCGAUCUUGUCUAAGGAGCUCCUCGAGCCCAGGAUGCCUAGUCCUUCAGAGCCUCCUGUUCAGGUGCCCAGCAGCCCUGAAUUGAUCCUCCCAAGGCUGUCCCCACCACUUCAGCGUCCGCCCUCCCGUCGCCAGCGCCGCCUGCAGUUGUAUGAUGAGGAGACCCAGAUUUCUCGAGAGGAAUUCCAAAAUCAAGUAGUACAAACUCAGGCCCACACCCGGGACUGCCCAAUGGUCCAACCUCUUGGGCAGAUGAAGAGCCCUGCGGAGCUGCUGAGAACCCCAGUUUAUGCUGGAUGGCUACACCCGGAGCUCCUGGAUCUCUGGACUCGUUGUGCCCGGGUCCCCCCAAAGAAGCUCCAAUAUCGGCCCCGCCGAGAGACCGAGACUCUGGUUGAGCAGUUAGAGGAAAGGAGAAAGGCGGAGACCAUGAGUGAAAUAGAGACUCUUCGAGAGGCCCAGGAGCCCAGUGGUCCCCUGCUACUGUCUUCAGAACUCUCCUUGGAGACGACUGAGGAAGAGAGGUCCCGCCUCAGCUUCAUUCCUCCUGAGGAGAGGUGGGGUUUAGGUGAGGUGGAGGUGGAGGUGCCGGUGCUGCCUGUGGUCCCGGAGCUUCCAGAAGUGCCCGAGCUCCCCCUGCAGCUCUCCCCAGAUCCACAGCUGCUCUCUCCAGAGGCUGUGCAAAGGGCUAUCAUAUUGGAGUUGCAGGCUUCAAGAGAAAUAAAUUUCAGCAACCUGAUUCCUCCCUUUGCCCCCCGUCUGGUGGCUGCUAGGAUCUUCUACUUGCUUCUGGUGCUAUCGAGGCAACAGGUUCUGUAUGUGGAGCAAGAAGAGCCCUACGGCAGCCUCAUCAUCCGGCCGGGGCCUCGGUAUCCCCACCACUAGAGGCCCAUCUCUUUGGACGUGCUAGGAGGCUGAAUAUCAACGGCCGUAUGACAACCCACCCUCCCAUGUUUCCCCAUUCCCUACCCCAAAGCUGCAGCGUGUCAAA